AUGAUUCUUGCAGAUGCCCGUUGGGCUAAACAUCAAGAUGGUAUUGGACGAUUCGCGCGAGAGGUUCUUAAACGCCUUUCUAACAUAAUGGUUCUUGAAGAAGGUCCAAAACCACUACAGGCGAUAGAUCCACUAUGGUUAUCAUGGCAACUUUAUAAAACUCAACCAAAAUUGUACUUUAGCCCUGGGUUUAAUCCACCACUAUGGUCAAAUUGUCCUGUUAUAAUGACGGUUCAUGAUUUGAUUCAUUUAAAAGUCCCAGCAGAAUCAAGCUUUGCUAAACAGCAAUACUAUCGCUACGUGCUACGGCCAGCUAUUCGGAAAGCAAACAUUACGUUUACUGUUUCACAAUUUUCGCAGCAAGAGAUUGCUAAUUGGGCAGAUAUACCGUUAGAACGUAUUAUUGUUGUAGGCAAUGGAGUAGACUCAUCGUUUGAAUCAGAAGGUGAUAAGGUUACUCUAGAUGAGCCCUAUUUUUUAUAUAUUGGUAAUCGUAAACCACAUAAAAAUGUUGAACUGAUGCUCAAAGCAUUUGCUUCAUCUAAGGCUUCACAAAAUACAUACCUUGUCUUAUCAGGUGUAGCCACUCCUGAUAUUAGGAGUCAUUUGCAAACAUUACAGAUUACCUCCAGGAUUAAAUUUGCAGGUUUUAUUGCAGAGUCAAGUUUGGCUGGUUGGUAUCGUGGUGCUAUAGCAACAUUAAUGCCGUCUCUGUAUGAAGGUUUUGGAUUGCCAGCCCUUGAGUCUUUAGCCUGUGGAACGCCAGUCUUAGCUGCACAGACAACAUCUUUAACAGAGGUUGUAGGUGAGGCUGGGCUCUAUUUCGAGCCAAAAGAAGCCACUAAUUUAGCUGUUAUUAUGGAUAGAAUAAUAGAUGAUUCGAAGUUAAGAGAAGUGCUCACAACAAAAGCAACGGUACAGGCAGCAAAAUUUGACUGGGAUAAUGUUACAAGUCGAAUAUCCCAUGCUGUACAAGAGCAUUUUGGAUUAAAGGUUUCAUAA